AUGGAUUAUAGCAGCUGGCUCCGCGAGCCACUGGGUGACUACGUGGAGACUCAUGAUGAUGAUUUCAACCAGGAAAAUUCUUUUCUUGGCUUCAAACGAGCCCUAAAGAAAUGGGGCAUCGUGCAAGACCAUCUGUGUCGUCCUGACGCAAUCGACAGCUUCCGGAGUGGCUUAUCCCUAUCCCAAUUGCAUUCUUAUCGGUUGCUCCACGAAUGGUGGAGUGGCCGAAUUCAAAGCCCGGCGCUCUCGCAAGCUGCUCAACGAGCUAUUCAAGAAGCAGCUUCUGAACAAAACGCCGAGAGCGGAUAUGAGAGCGUUGAUCGGGAGCUCGCUCGUCUCUCUGAAUCGACAUAUCACAAAAACUUGUUUAUGCUAUUCCAACUCGAAUUUGUGCAUGAAUUUCGGCAGUUGCAUGAGGACAACUUUCAGGCGUUCUGUGGCUUCGUGCAAGAGCAGCGUCAACUCUGUGCAAGUGACGCUGCUAUUCAAAGGGUCGCGUGGUCUUUCGCAAAUAUUCCUGCUGAUACUUAUUCGCAACAAAAUCAGCAUUCAGACAACGAUCAAGUAUACAUUCUAGGAGAUCUUGUGGUAUCCAAGCUCGAUGUGAUCCCCGCUUGUAUCGAAGCGUGCCCUUGGCUGCAGAUUCGCAAGGCACGAGGAGGAUUUCCAUAUUAUCUCUGGGACGUGGCGCUGCAGAAGACAGUCAAGACCGACUCGCUGCAAUCCCCGCCUCAAUAUAUCUGCGUGAGCCAUACGUGGGGACGAUGGCGCAUAGAAGGAGAAGAGAAUCCAUCGUUGACAAUUGAGGGUGUUCCAUGGCUGGUUCCUCAAAACACAAAAUUUAAAGUGCAGGGAAUCCCAAAUUUGCUCCUUCAAAUCUUCCGCUCUGGAUAUGUGUGGAUUGAUCUCUUUUGUAUUCCGCAAGACCGUUCUGAACGCGCACUUCUUGAAAUCGCGCGACAAGCCGCUAUCUUUGGCAAUGCAGAAUUCGCUGUCGCCUGGUUGAACGACGCUAUCGAUUGGAGAUGUCUGAGGAGUGCGACAAAAUGGUUCAGCCAGUCGUAUCUCCGGAAGCAGUCUUUGGCGCAAUGUUCGGAAGAUCAGGCCACCAUAGAACUCAACAACGAUGAUCAGGCAUCUUUAGAAGAGCUGAAUGAGUUGUUACUCGACACUUCGCAAGAGGUAGCAUCAGAUCCAGGUGAUGAUGAAAAGACAUCAGUUGUGCCUUGGUUCACCAGCUUGUGGACCCUCCAGGAGGUAUGCCUCCGGCCUGACAUGAUCGUCUGCGACCGUUAUUUUCAGCCGUUGCGGGCUGGACCUGAUGUUGUGAUCACUUUGGACUACUUGGUGGCCAUGGCAUCACGUCAUAAUUCAGAUCAGGCUGAGGAGACAUUACCUUCCGGAGAAAAUGAACUUCGCGUUGACAAGACACUCGAAAGAUCAUUGUACGUGGACAAACAUAGUGCAGAGGGAGAAGUAGGUACUGCUGAUACCUCUAGCGCUGCCGCCUUUGAUGAUCUUGACACUCUUCUCACGAUGACGUCUAUUAACAGUAUCCACUGGACCUCACCAGCUGCGGUAUUUACGUCAGGGCAGCUCAGACAGUGUAGCCAGAGCCGUGCUGAGGCAAUCAUGUCUGUCGUCGGAGCGACAGCUUGGUAUAAAGAUUAUCUAUCGAAGCACAAAAAGGCGCCCCCAGAGGACAAUUUGGUGCUCGGGUUCUAUCCAGCCGUUUUCUUACAGGAGGCGUCACAAACGAUUGGGCCAACAUUCUUCACUGCUAUAGCAUGCGAUAUGCGCUUUGCUCAAGGGGCUGUUUCAAUAGCCAACGAUGAAUGGAAUGUUGUAGGCGAUCGGAAGCCCGUCGGCUCAAUGCUGCCAUUUACUUCCAGCGAGACGUAUAUAGUUCCACCACACAGGAUCGGCUUCAGUAUUUAUGCCCAUCCUGUAGUCAAGACGUGGAACGUUCAAGACGAUGGUAGCGUGUGCAUCAAGCAAGCUGCAAUCUUGACAGCCGCGUGUUUCAAGAACGCAGGAGGCCAUGAAUACAACCCUUUGAAGAAGGACAUUCUCUGGGCUCCAUUACCGGGUCAAGAAGAUGUAAUGACGCUCGACAGUGAGAUCUCGGGCUUCUCUGGCAACGUUGAAGUGUGGUUGUCUACAUUUUCGAGCCCUCAGCAAGCCCCAAAUAUAGCUGUCUGCUUGUAUCAACAGGUAUUCUACGAUGAAAAAACACCAGCGCCACAAACUGGCCUGCUGCUCAAGCAGAUUGGUACAGUAAGGGAGACUGGGCAGAUAAUUAUGCUGAAAAUUGGUGUCUAUCUGGCAAAUUGCAGAGCUGCUUGGGAUGUAGAAUCUAUUGGGGUUGAUUGGCUGGUUAUAUAG